GUUUUAGUAACAAUAAAGCUGUAGUUUAGAGUUGAGGAUUUCAGAAACAGACAAAACUGCAGAUGCAGAUACUCACUACUGGUGGGAUGGAGGAUUCUUGUAAAUAUUUGGGCAUUAACAGGACCUGUUCUCUGAUAUGUUGCAUGUUCUGGAUUUUCUCACCAGCAGAAGGAAACACCAUCUUACAAGUGAUUGGUACCAACGUGACCCUGCCCUGCAAGAAUGAGUCAAAAAGCACAUUGGUUCAGCUGACAUGGAAAAUUAACAAGGAUAUCCUGUUUAGUUACAAGCCACAGAGACCCUUAUACAGCAGUCCAAUAGCUCUCAACCUGAACAUAAAUAUGUCUAUGUCAGAGAGCCAAAUGUACGCUCUGGUCAUAGAGAGUCUCCAGAAGUCUCACACAGCAAACUACACCUGUGAGAUCACCACGUUAAAUGGAAUUGCAGAUCCGAGGAGUUGGGAGCUGAUAAUAACAGAGCGUGAGGAAGCUGGACAUAUGGACAAGCUAGUGAUUGCUGUGGCAGCUGUUGUUCCUUGUGUGUGUUUCCUGACCUUUGCAUUAGCUUUCAUCAUUCUGCAAAGAGUCCGCAAAAAACGUGCAGAGGAUCAGGAGCAAGAAGAAGAUAUUUAUGAAAACUGCCUGGAAAGUCAACGACGUGGCUUUAAUCAGCCUCACCACAACAAACCCGGGGCUCACUGACAUGAAGCGCAGUCCAAAGAGAGAGAAGAAAAGGAAAAGGGAGUACUGGAAGUGGGCACGUGUGAAACAGCUCAUUUUAUAGAAACAACCAUCUUUUCAGAAAUAUAAACAAAUUGUAUACCUGUUUUUUUCCAUCCUCUAAAUUAUUCUCUAAAUUUCACUUUGAAUUACUUCAGUCCUUUUACUAUAUUUUUUACAUGCAACUUUUAAAUUGAUUUCUCUAUAAAUAUACUUGCAUGUGAUGAAGGGGGCAGCAGAACAAGGUUAACACCUGAUAUUAUCAACAUGUAAAGUUGUUACGGUAAAUGUGUUAGAUAGCCUAUUUACAUAUAUCCUUUAAAAAAGAUACUGCAUGGGUCCAUGAAACAGAGCAGCUGUGUGCCAUACAGGAAUAAUACAACUGCUCUAUGUUCCAUAAAGUUGAUGGUUAUACUGUCACAGAUGCUCAAGACGGCGGCGGCGGCGACGCAUCAGGAGAAGAAAGAAGGGUUGGCAGUUUGAAGUCUCUAUCCCAAAACUCAGCCUUGG